CCUGUGUGUGUGUGUGUGUGUGUGUGUGUGAGAGAGAGAGAGAGAGAGAGAGAGAGAGAGAGAGAGAGAGAGAAUCUGGAGAAGGAGGAAAGCGAAGAUGAUUGGAGCAAAUGAACUGAAGGAGAAGGAGAAAGCAAUGAAGAAGGCAGACAAAAUAACUACACUGAGUUUUACCCGCUGGAAGGCGGACUGGCUGCAGGCUACCCCCAUGUAUGAGCAAGCUGCAACAACUUUCAAGCUGGGUAAGCAUUACGAGAAGGCUAUGGAGGCUUUUGAAAAGGCUGCCACUGGUCAAGAGCGGUUGGGAUCCCCUUUCAGUGCAGCCAAGCACAUGGAAAGUGCAGGCAUGAUGGCAAAAGAAGCUCAUCAAUGGACCAGUGCUGCUGCCUCCUACAGUCGAGCAUGUGAGCUAUACCUUGAGGCAGGUCGCCCACAGCCUGCCUCUGACGCUCUCUUCAAAGGUGCCAGGGCAGUGGAGGAUCAUUUGCCGGAGGAGGCUCUGCGCAUGUACACGGAGGCAAUCUCCAUGUGCGAGGAAGAAGGCAGGGAACAGAACGCUGGGGACGUCUUCCGUGCAGCUGUCAGUCUGUAUCUGAAGUUGGAGAGGUGGAAUGAUGGCGCAACCAUGCUUCUUAGACAAGGGUUAGCAUUCGACAGCUCAAAGGGAAAGCAGAGCCAGUGCAAGGCCUACGCAAGUGCGGUGAUUGUCUAUCUGUAUGCGGAGGACGUGAAGCAGGCAGAGAAAUGCUACAACGAUUGCAGCGAAGUGGAGGCCUUCGGCAACAGCGAACAGGGAGAGUUUACACGGAAGCUUCUGCAAGCUUAUCGAGAUGGGGAUGGUGAGGAGGUCAAGUACGUCAUCAGCAAGAGCAAGAAUAUAGUCGAUCAGCUGGACCACAUGAUCAUCAGACUGGCCAACAAGCUCCCGACUGGUGGAAUGAAGGCAAUUGCUGGCACGUCCUCGGCAGCCGCGCACGAUGAGCUUGACCCCGAUGACCUCACCUGAACUUCUCUCUUCCUGUCGAAGCAGCUGUGUUACACUCACUCACUUAUGUUCAACACACACACACACACACACACACACACACGCAAACAAACACACACCGUUCGUCAGAUCGAUUCCGGGCUUGUGGUGUGUGUGUGUGUGUGUGUGUGUGUGUGUGUGUGUGUGUUUGUCUGUUUUUCUUUUUUUUUUCCCUUCUUACUUUCUUUGAUAUCGAUGAGGGGAAUAUACGACUAUGUAAAAAAAAAAAAAAAAAAACCGAACUUGUGUGUUGUGUGGAGAAAGCUGCGGGAUGUGUGGAAAAGGCAAUCAGUCAGUCGGGAUCGCGUGGGAAACUGUUGAUCCCGAUCCAGAAAAGGCAAUCAAUCAGUCGGGAUCCC